ACCACAAGUUUGUAGCAAGCAGAUGUGUACAUCUACAAGCCAAGAAGAUAUGAUAGCAAGUACAAUGCAGUCAAAAUUUGCUCAUCACUCUGUCGCAGGGACAAGCCCAAAAGACAAUCAAAGACAAAGAGGAGCAAAUUAUGAAGGACCUAGGGCUGAAACUGGCGCUGCUGGUUAGCUUGGUUUCAUCAAUGGCUGUGAUGGUGUACACGUGUCAGGCAGGCAGCAACCUCCACCCUCUGAUCCUCAUACCUGGGAAUGGCGGGAACCAGCUGGAAGCCCGGCUAACCAGCAAGUACAAACCCUCUAGUCUGCUGUGCAGCCGUUGGUACCCAUUUCAGAGGAAGAAGGACGGCUGGUUCAGGCUCUGGUUCGACCCGAGUGUCCUCUUGGCUCCUUUCACCUCCUGCUUUGCUGAGCGCAUGACGCUUUAUUAUGACCCUGGUUUGGAUGAUUACCAAAAUGCCCCUGGGAUCGAGACCAGGGUGCCUCACUUUGGUUCCACCCAGUCCCUUCUCUACCUCGACCCCAGUCUCAAGCGCAUCACGGGAUACAUGGCAUCUCUAGUGGAAUCGUUGGAAAACAUUGGCUAUGUCAACGAAAAAACCCUAUUUGGGGCCCCAUACGAUUUUCGGUAUGGUUUGGCACCAGAAGAUCAUCCAUCCCAUGUUGGUUCCAAGUUCUUACAAGACCUAAAAGAUUUGAUAGAAAGUGCAAGCACCUCUAAUGGAGGAAGGCCAGUAAUUCUUGUGUCACACAGCUUAGGAGGCCUCUUUGCUCUCCACCUCCUCAACCGGAACACACCUUCGUGGCGCCGGAAAUUCAUCAAACACUUUGUUUCACUCUCCACACCAUGGGGUGGCACCGUGGACGAAAUGCUCACAUUUGCCUCAGGCAACACAUUAGGGGUGCCCCUAGUGGAUCCAUUGCUAGUAAGAGAAGAGCAAAGGAGCUCAGAGAGCAACCUUUGGCUAAUGCCAAACCCUAAAUUAUUUGGUCGUAAAACCCUACUUGUAAUCACCCCAAAUGCUACAUAUUCAGCCAAUGAUAUUCCACAAUUUCUCAGUGAUAUUGGAUUUGAACAGGGCGUUCAUCCUUUCAAAACGCGGGUUUUGGGCAUGAUGGAUCAACUGAUUGCUCCCGGGGUGCCUAUUACUUGUGUUUUUGGAAGUGGUGUGAAGACAGUGGAGACUUUGUUCUAUGGAAACAAGGGUUUUGAUGAACAGCCUGAGAUUGUUUAUGGGGAUGGAGAUGGGACUGUGAACAUGGUGAGCUUAAUGGCACAUGAAUCUCUAUGGUCUGAUGUGAAAAAUCAAACCCUAAAAACCAUCAGAAUUCCUGGGGUUUCUCAUACGGCCAUACUCAAAGACGAAGGUGCACUUGAAGAAAUAGUCAGAGAAAUUUCUGGGAUUAAUUCCCAGCUCAGUUUAGUUGAGAAUGUAAUUAGUGUUGAGUGAAUUUUGAUCAUAUGUGGAAAAAGCACUGCAGCAGCACUAUAUCUGUCCCACAUCGGAAAUAAGAACAAAAUUGCUCUUGAUACCAAAUGAGCAAAUAAAACGGGAUUUUUUUUUAAA